AUGGGUCUCUUUGGCAAGCGUGAGCUCCCUGAUGAUGAGAUUCAGCGAGUGCCUCCGGAUCAGGAUGUUGAGAAGACCCUACCGGCACAGAUGGAGGUAGCACCAGCCCAGCCUCCCGCCAAAUAUACCCCGAGUGCUAUUGACCCGGAGUUGGAGCGUCGGGUCGUGAGGAAAUUAGAUCUGCGAGUUCCAACCCUUAUGGGAUUCUUCUACCUCCUCGCUUUUCUCGAUCGAAGUAACAUUGGAAAUGCGAAAAUCGCCGGAAUGACCGAAGACCUCGGACUCACGGGCAACCGAUAUGCAUGGCUCUUGACAAUCUUCUACAUCUCCUACACCGUCUUCGAGUUCCAGGCUUUGAUGUGGAAGAUUGUCAAACCGCACCAAUGGGCAGCCUUCGUCGUGUUCUCCUGGGGCUUAGUAGCAACCUGCCAAGCAGCAGCACAAAACUGGCAGGGGAUGAUGGCACUCCGGUUUCUAAUGGGCGCUUUCGAGGCUGGGUUUGGUCCCGGUGUACCCUACCUGCUUUCGUUCUUUUAUCGUCGCCAUGAGCUCGGUCUACGAUGUGGCCUAUUUUUAUCCGCUGCCCCGCUGGCGAAUACCUUCGCUGGUGCCCUCGCCUACGGAAUCACAUCUGGCCAUGCUGCAUUGGCUAAUUGGCGAGUUUUGUUUUUGGUGGAGGGGCUCCCUGUCUGUGCAGCUGCAAUCCUGGCUUGGUUCUUCGUCCCGGAUUCGCCAUCGACUGCAAAGUUUCUCACCGAAGAAGAGAAAGAGGUUGCUCGUGCACGUGGUCUACAGCAAGCCGGUGAUGCCGACCGGGAGGGCAAGGUGCAAUGGAAAGAGUUGGCCAUGACGUUAUUGGAUGCGAAGGCCUGGUUGACUGCCUUUAUGUAUUUUAGCUGCAACGUCAGCUUCUCAUCACUUCCCGUCUUCCUACCCACUAUCCUCGAAGAAAUGGGCUACUCGAAAAUUAACGCGCAGGGUCUCACCGCACCCCCCUUUUUCGCCUCUUUCCUGGUCACAGUGAUCACUCCUUGGGUGGCGGAUCGGAUCCAGCAGCGGGGAUUAAUGAUUGCAGCGCUAUCGCUGAUCGGCGGUGUGGGGUACAUCCUCUGCGCCACCUGCACAACAGUGGGAGUGCGAUACUUCGGCGUAUUUCUAGCCGCCUGUGGAGUAUUCCCAGCGAUCGCAAAUAUCCUGCCGUGGGUUCUUAAUAAUCAGGGCUCCGAUACCCGCCGUGGUGGGGGUAUCAUACUACUCAAUAUUAUCGGCCAAUGCGGUCCUUUCUUGGGUACUAAUGUGUUCCCUGACAGUGAAGCACCGCGGUAUAUUAAGGGAAUGUCUGUUUGUGCUGCUUUCAUGAUUUUCACCACUUUCCUUGCCUUGGUUUUGCGAUGCUUGUUGGUGUGGGAGAACAAGCGUCUUGAUAAGAAGUAUGGGCCAAGGAUCGAGGUAGAUGAAACUAAGGGUGAGAUCGCCGUGGCGGAAGACAAUUACGGUGCUAGUUUCCGAUAUAUCCUGUGA